AUGGCAUCCUCACUCGCCCCGACGGCUCUUCGUAUGAAGGAAGCUUCCAAGGUGGGAGAGCGCAUGGCUUUGGGAAGUUCGUGGCGGCCAAUGGAAACAUCUACGAAGGCGAAUGGUUCCAGGACCGUGCCCAAGGCCAGGGAAAGUAUACGCAUGAAGAUGGCAGCACCUACGUGGGGCAGUGGCUCCAGGACGAGAAGGCGGGACGGGGCAUUGAGCGAUGGGCUGAUGGCUCUCAGUAUGACGGCGACUUCCUGCAAGGGAGCAAGCACGGCUAUGGCGUGUACAAAGCUGCCAAUGGAAACAUCGUCUACGAGGGCCAGUUCAACAACGACCGCAUGGACGGAGAGGGCACGUAUCACUUCUCUGAUGGGCGCGUCUACGUGGGAGCGUGGCAGAAGGGCCACAUGUCCGGGAAGGGGGCUAUGA